UAGGACCAUCUGUGUCAAGUCGAGUCUCAGUCGUUGGAGAUCCAGUGUCUCGCAUUGCCAUGUAUGCUCAAUGUCACUGUACUGGUCCUGGUACGGACGGUAGAACGUUCAGGCACGGCGGAUGAAUUCGCGGUACAAUUCUCCCUUGCUCCGUUGAAAUGUCCGCCCGUGUCUCGCAUUCAGUUUGGUCAUCCUCGCUAGCCCUCCUCCUCCACUUUGCACCAGGUCUUUCCCUUGCUGAACGCUGCACAGCUGCUCAGGACCUUGUCUGACGAGCCUCAUUGCGAUCGUUCGUGAUCUGUUCGGAAAGUAAAAACAAGGUGUCAACCGUCCGACAAGCGCUCAGACACCACCUCCUUGAGGAAUCUCACCAUCAUGUCGUCUUACACACCUCGAAAGACAGAUUACGCAGGAUGGCGAUUGAAAGUUUCUGAAGACUCGCACGGUCAGCAUAAAUGGGUGUACCUGCCCGAGGGCGAAGCGAGGGAUGCUUGGCCGCAGAACAAGAUUGACAAAUACUGGUUGGGUCUGGAGGUAGACGCACCGAAGCUCAAAAAGGCCAAGACGCCCCUUGAAGCUGCUCGAAAUGGAGCGAAAUUCUUCAAACAGCUUCAAAGUGAAGAUGGACAUUGGGCAGCCGAGUAUGGUGGUCCACUGUUCCUCACUCCUGGUCUCGUCAUCGCCAUGCAUGUCACUCGACAGACAUUCAAACAGGAAGAGAGGACUGAAAUGAUCAGGUACCUGUUGAAUAGGCGGAAACCUGAUGGGGGUUGGGGUUUACACACUGCUGCGCCGGCAACGGCAUACGGUACCGUCAUGAACUACGUAACGCUUCGAUUGUUAGGCAUGGGACCGGAUGAAGGGCCAAUGGCUGAGAUUCGAGGAUUGAUCCAUCGGAUGGGAGGUGCUGUUCGGGUACCGAGCUGGGCGAAACUCUGGUUGAGUGUCCUCGGGGCGUACGAAUGGGACGGGGUGGGAUCUGUCCCUCCUGAGCUCUGGCUUCUGCCCGACUGGGUACCGUUUGCUCCGUCUCGAUUCUGGAUUCACGUCCGCAUGACAUUCACUCCAAUGAGUUACCUAUGUGGAUCUCGAUACGUCGGUCAGCUGGACCCGUUGGUCCUUGCUCUACGAGAAGAGCUCUACAUUACACCUUACGAAUCGAUACACUGGUCACGACACCGUAACGACAUUCACGAAGCUGAUAUCUACAACCCUCAUUCGUUUAUCCUGAACACCUUGCACACCUUCUUGGGCUACUAUGAGUCUGCUCUCCGCCUCCCCGGUGUGUCUUCCAUCCUCCCUAUCCGCCAGAAAGCUCUGGCAGCGGCGUAUCAACAAGUCGUCUACGAAGAUGAAAAUACAACAUAUCAGACUCUCGGUCCCGUCUCCAAAUCGUUCAAUCUGGUUGUCAGGUACACUGUCGAUGGUCCCGAAUCUGAGGCGUUCAAGAUGCACCUAUCGCGCGUUCGAGACUUUUUAUGGCUCAGUCGCGAUGGCAUGUUCAUGACUGGUACUAAUGGAAGUCAAUUAUGGGACUUGGCAUUCUUCGGUCAGGCCAUGGUCGAGACUGGUCUGGCAGAAGAAGAGGAGAACAAGGAAUGUGUUCUGGGGAUGUUGGACUGGUUGGACAAAGCGCAGAUCAGGGAUAAUCCAAAAUGGUACAAAGUGGCUCAUCGGCAUCGUACAAAGGGAGCUUGGGCAUUCUCGACGCCUGAACAGGGCUACACCGUCUCCGAUUGCGUAUCAGAGGGUUUGAAAGCCGUCAUGGGCAUUCAGAACCUCGAUUACGCUCCGAAGACGGUGUCUCUGGACAGGAUGAGGGACGCGAUCGACACCAUCCUAUCGAUGCAGAAUGCCAAUGGUGGCUAUGCGUCCUACGAGCUGAAACGAGGCAGCGAUAAGAUGGAAUAUUUGAAUGCCGCCGAGGUGUUUGGUGAUAUCAUGGUCGACUAUCUCUAUCCUGAAUGCACCACGUCGGCCUUGUCGGCGCUCAAAUACUUUUCGCAGCUGGAUCCGACGUACCGGACGAACGAUGUAGCCCGCACCAUUGACAAGGCGAUCCACUGGUUGCAUUCCGUUCAGAGACCCGACGGAUCGUGGUAUGGCUCAUGGGGAGUGUGUUUCACCUACGCCACCAUGUUUGCUCUGGAAUCACUGGGGAUCGCUGGAGAGACGUAUGAGAAUUCUACACGAGUCAAGAAAGCGUGCGAGUUCCUCAUCUCAAAGCAAAAGGAGGAUGGAGGGUGGGGAGAAACAUACAUGUCCUGCGUGACGUUGGAAUACUGUCAACAUGAAAUGUCUCAGGUCGUCAUGACUUCCUGGGCUAUCCUCGCGCUCAUUUACGGCAAAUGCCCCAACAAGGAUGUCAUCAAGCGUGGUAUACGCCUUCUCAUGGAGCGACAAAAGCCAGAUGGUCGAUGGGAGAGAGAGGAUACAGAAGGUAUCUUCAAUAAGAAUUGUGCUAUUGAUUACACUGUCUUCCAAUUCGUCUUCCCGAUCUGGGCUUUGGGCAGGGCAGAUAAAUAUCUGAACGAGUGA